GAGGAGACGACCUUGAGUGCGGGAAGUGGCGGUUCGGAGGAAGGUGAGGGCCCGGCUUGAGGGGUGUUUAUCGGGAGCUGCCGUGUGUCAGCUCUCCUGCUUUCCCCCUGGCGGGUGGUUGCCGCAAUUUAUAGAGCAAAAUGGGUGAUGUAGAGAAAGGCAAGAAAGUCUUUAUCCAGAAGUGUGCGCAGUGUCACACAGUUGAGUGUGGAGGCAAGCAUAAGACUGGGCCAAACCUGUGUGGCUUAUUUGGACGCAAAACUGGACAAGCUGAAGGAUUUUCUUACACUGAUGCAAAUAAAAACAAAGGUAUUAUCUGGAAUGAGGAGACACUGAUGGUCUACUUGGAAAAUCCAAAGAAAUAUAUUCCAGGAACAAAAAUGAUCUUCGCAGGUCUCAAGAAGAAGAGUGAGCGUGAAGACUUGAUAGCUUAUCUGAAAUCUGCAACAGCCAAAUAACAACUAUCAGAACCUGAUGCCUUAUUUAUUGAUCAACUUAGAUUUGACUCCUGAUUGAGCAACCUCUGGUAUCAUUAAUGUUGCAUUGAAUUUUUAACAACCUAAAGGUUUUAACCAUGUAUCCAAAUUUUGGCAUUCUCUACCAUCCUGUAACACUGCACUGUUCAAUUUUUCAAUUUUGAAAUCAUUGAUCCAUUCAACUAGUGAGAAUAAAAGGGACUGUCAAACCA